AUGGAGUGUCAAUCAGCAAAGCAAGAUCCAUAUAUAGCAUCUAUGGAACACCAUACCGAUUGGGUAAAUGACAUUGUACUCUGUUGUAAUGGGAAAACAUUAAUAUCUGCUUCUUCUGAUACAACAGUAAAAGUAUGGAAUGCACAUAAGGGAUUUUGCAUGUCAACAUUAAGGACACAUAAGGAUUAUGUAAAAGCCUUAGCAUAUGCCAAGGAUAAAGAACUGGUAGCAUCGGCUGGGUUGGACCGACAAAUAUUCCUUUGGGAUGUGAAUACUCUAACAGCAUUGACUGCCUCAAAUAACACUGUCACAACUUCUUCUUUAAGUGGGAACAAAGAUUCCAUUUAUAGCCUGGCAAUGAAUCAACUGGGAACAAUCAUUGUAUCAGGGUCCACUGAGACGGUUUUAAGAGUAUGGGAUCCAAGAACAUGUGCAAAACUAAUGAAGCUUAAAGGGCACACGGAUAAUGUUAAAGCAUUGCUGUUGAACAGAGAUGGCACACAGUGCCUUUCCGGCAGUUCUGAUGGGACAAUUCGCCUUUGGUCCCUUGGCCAGCAGAGAUGUAUAGCAACGUACCGAGUGCAUGAUGAAGGUGUUUGGGCUCUACAGGUCAAUGACACCUUCACACAUGUGUACUCUGGAGGAAGGGACAGGAAGAUUUAUUGUACAGACCUAAGAAACCCUGACAUUCGGGUGCUAAUUUGUGAAGAAAAAGCACCAGUUCUCAAGAUGGAGCUUGACAGAUCAGCUGAUCCCCCUCCUGCAAUCUGGGUUGCAACAACGAAGUCUACAGUAAAUAAAUGGACAUUGAAAGGAAUUCAUAAUUUUAGAGCCUCUGGAGAUUAUGACAAUGACUGUACAAAUCCUAUAACACCCCUUUGUACACAACCUGACGAGGUUAUUAAAGGGGGUGCUAGUAUUAUUCAGUGUCACAUUCUUAAUGAUAAGAGACAUAUAUUAACCAAAGAUACCAAUAAUAAUGUGGCAUAUUGGGAUGUAUUAAAGGCAUGUAAAGUUGAAGAUCUGGGCAAAGUGGAUUUUGAAGAUGAAAUUAAGAAAAGAUUUAAGAUGGUAUAUGUACCAAAUUGGUUCUCAGUAGACUUAAAAACAGGGAUGUUGACAAUUACUUUGGAUGAGAGUGACUGUUUUGCUGCUUGGGUUUCUGCAAAAGAUGCUGGCUUUAGCAGCCCUGAUGGGUCAGAUCCAAAAUUGAACUUAGGAGGACUUUUACUCCAGGCCCUCCUAGAAUAUUGGCCUAGGACACAUGUGAAUCUAAUAGAUGAAGAAGAAAAUGAAGUAAACCAUGUAAAUGGGGAGCAGGAGAACCGAGUACAGAAGGGAAAUGGCUAUUUCCAGGUGCCCCCACACACUCCUGUGAUCUUUGGUGAAGCUGGAGGUCGCACCUUGUUCAGGCUGCUCUGCCGAGACUCGGGGGGUGAGACUGAGUCUAUGCUUCUGAAUGAGACAGUGCCACAAUGGGUAAUUGACAUCACUGUGGAUAAAAAUAUGCCCAAAUUCAACAAAAUUCCUUUCUACCUCCAACCUCAUGCAUCUUCAGGAGCAAAAACCUUAAAAAAAGAUAGACUCUCUGCUAGUGACAUGCUUCAAGUCCGGAAAGUAAUGGAACACGUCUAUGAGAAAAUCAUCAACUUGGAUAAUGAGUCUCAAACCACUAGCUCUUCUAAUAAUGAAAAACCAGGAGAACAGGAAAAAGAAGAGGAUAUUUCUGUGUUGGCAGAGGAGAAAAUUGAACUUUUGUGCCAGGACCAGGUUUUGGAUCCAAAUAUGGACCUUCGAACAGUGAAACACUUCAUAUGGAAGAGUGGUGGUGACCUCACCCUCCAUUACUGUCAGAAGUCCACGUGAAGGGUGGGUGAACGGUCCUGGGUAUUCAUUUACUGACCUUCCUCUAUGGCCCCAAGAGUAGUCCUAGGAAUCCCAC